AUGACCAGGAUGGAACCCGCACCCCGGAUGCCCCUGACUGAUGAAUGCCAUCACUAUGAGACCAAGGCAGAAGUGCCAUGGGACCUCCAAAAGUACUCCAACGCCGCGGUGUACGAGGCCGACGACCGCAUCACCUGGAUCCACGGCGACUGCUUCGACUACCUCCGCCGUCUGCGCACAGAUCCGGCCUCCCUUCACGAGGAUCUCCAGGUCAGCGCCGCCGAGACGGUCAUCUUCGCGUCCCCGCCCUGGGGCGGCCCCGGCUACAGCACCGCCGAGGUCUUUGACCUGCGCUUCAUGGAGCCGUAUAACCUGCAGCACCUCCACGAUGCCUGCGUUCCCAUGGACCAUGCGCUUUACCUGCCGCGCACGAGCGACCUGCGCCAGAUUGCCAAGCUCGCCCCCGGAGACGACAAGAUCGAUGUUGUGCAAUACUGUAUGAAGGGGGCGAGCAAAGCCCUCGUAGCAUACAUUCCGGGCACCGCUAGUAAGCCUGGCAAAGAGAGGCCGGUAGACGCAUAA